GGUUUUUCAAUUAUACUUGCAGGAAUUGAAAUGUCUCAGCUUUAUUGUGGAGGUUGUCGGACAUUGCUAAUGUACACACGCGGAGCUCCUAGUGUGAGAUGUUCUUGCUGUCAAACCGUAAACCUUGCGUCAGCCUCUAAUCAACUCGCUCAUAUGCAUUGUGGAAACUGCCGGACUACGCUCAUGUAUCCAUUUGGUGCCCCAUCAGUCAAAUGUGCAGUUUGUCACUAUAUUACUAAUGUCAGUAUGAGCAAUGGAAGGAUUCCAAUUCCUGUCCAGAGACCUAAUGGAACAACCAACUCUGGAACAUUGCCUUCUAUUCCAACUAGCCAAACUGUCCUGGUUGAAAAUCCUAUGUCUGUUGAUGCAAGUGGGAAACUGGUCAGCAAUGUUGUUGUUGGCAUUACAGCAGAUAAGAAAUAAUGUCGCUGCAUUUUUUUCUUCUGUCGUGAGAGGUUCAAAAUU